GGCUAUGGCUGCCAGAUGUCUUUGUGGCUUAUCUUAGAAGUAUUAGCGUUAAGCUGGUAUCAACGUUUCUGACGCUUAUCACUCUCACCACCCUCGAACGAAGUCAAUAAGUGUGUUACGUCGCAGUGUUACAGACUUCGUGUGACAGUGCCAAUAAAAGAACUGACAUUUUAAGUUUAUCCGACACAACAGUGUUAUGCUCUUUUAUAUUAUGAGAGAUCUGUUGCAUAUUUGUUGUGAGACGAGCCAAGUGAGUAGGGGCAAGUCAAAGUGAAUAUCUGAUUUUGUGAAUUCUGUAUGGUGCUGAAAUCAUGUCGGUGCACCAUUAUGUACAAAAUGGACUCGGCCCUCCUCAGCCGCCUCCAAGAAGACGACACUCAUCAGCAAGCAGGCAGCGAGAAGUUGCAUUGUCCAGGAUAUCACAAAGACGAUCUGUGUGUUUGCCAUUACCCGAGACGCCUGUAGAGCCAACAACUAAACUGAGACUGAGAGUAAUAGCUGGGCACCAUUUAGCAAAGAAAGACAUAUUUGGAGCCAGUGAUCCUUAUGUUAGAAUAGAUCUCAAUACUGUCAAUGGAGAUGAAACUAUUGAUUCGGUACUUACAAAAACGAAGAAGAAAACGUUAAAUCCACAAUGGAAUGAAGAAUUUGUAUUUCGUGUGAAACCAGCUGAACACAAACUGGUGUUACAAGUGUUUGAUGAAAAUCGUUUGACACGGGAUGAUUUUUUGGGAAUGGUGGAGGUGAAUUUAUUAAAUCUUCCAAAAGAACAGGAAGGGCGAACAAUUCCACCAAAACAGUACACCCUGUUGCCGCGAAGGUUAGAUAAAUUUGCAAGAUCCCGAGUCAAAGGCCAUUUGGAACUCUAUAUUGCAUAUAUCAGAGAGCCGGGCAUACCAAAUACUGCACCGUCCCCUGCUGGUCAGGAAGUGAUGGGAACACCUCAGUCAGGCACUGCACCAACUGCAGAGCCAGAUGGUGAUUGGGAGAUGGUGGAUUCAGAAAACUCUGUGUCAGCACCAACUGAAACACCUGCCCAGGUAACUAUGAUGCCUUCCCGUCCAGCCCCACCGCGGCCUCCUCCUCCACCACCUAGAAGAUCACGUCCACCAUCUUUCCGGCGGCAAGACUCAGAGUGGGAAGUACUUGAGGCUGGUAGACCAGUUCAGCAGUCGGUACUCUCGCAGAACUCGGAACAACUGCCUCCCCUGCCAGCAGGAUGGGAAGAACGCCAGGAUGCUAAUGGUCGCACCUAUUACGUAAAUCACAUUGCUCGUUCAACUCAGUGGGAACGACCCACCUUCACAAAUUUGGGUGUUUGCACUGACCAGAAUGUACGAGAACGAAGUUUGGAGUCUGCUGCUACGGAAUUUCAGCGUCGGUUUCACAUUAGUGUAGAUGAUGUAGAUUCCAACCGUAGAGAGAUCAACACAUCAUUGCAUCAGAACAGUGAGCCAAUUCCUGAAGCUCCUAGUCCGGCAGCAUCUCCCAGGGAAUCGCAAACGUCAUCACCGUCUGAACAGCGUGUUUCUGUGACUAGUGCAAAUCAAACAAAUACAAUUAAUGCAGAAGGCUUACCUGUAGGCUGGUCUAUGCAGGUGGCACCCAAUGGUCGUGUGUUUUUCAUUGACCACAAUGAACGCUCUACAACGUGGGUUGAUCCAAGAACAGGUAGAGCGAGUCCUAUGCCUAAUCAGACAGCUCCACCAGUCAGAAAACCAGAGGAUGAGCUGGGCCCUCUGCCAGAGGGGUGGGAAGAGCGUGUUCAUACUGAUGGCCGGAUAUUUUUCAUAGAUCACAAUACGCGUACCACACAAUGGGAAGAUCCAAGAUUAUCAAAUCCUCAAAUAGCUGGGCCAGCAGUUCCUUAUUCUCGGGAUUACAAAAGAAAAUAUGAAUAUAUGAAAUCCCAGCUUAGAAAACCGAAUAAUGUUCCGAAUAAGUUUGAAAUUAAAGUAAGACGACAGAAUAUUUUAGAAGAUUCAUAUCGUAUCAUCAGCAGUGUCAAUAGACUAGAUUUGCUGAAAACAAAACUGUGGGUGGAAUUUGAAGGUGAAGUUGGUUUGGAUUAUGGUGGUUUAGCAAGAGAAUGGUUUUUUCUCUUGUCAAAGGAAAUGUUCAACCCUUAUUAUGGUUUAUUUGAAUAUUCUGCAAUGGACAACUAUACUCUCCAGAUCAAUCCAUUUUCAGGUUUAUGCAAUGAAGAACAUUUGAAUUAUUUUAGAUUUAUUGGCCGAAUUGCAGGAAUGGCUGUGUAUCAUGGUAAAUUGCUUGAUGCCUUUUUUAUCCGUCCAUUUUAUAAAAUGAUGUUGAAUAAGCCAAUUGACUUGAAGGACAUGGAGAGUGUUGAUUCAGAGUAUUACAAUUCACUUUUAUGGAUUAAAGAAAAUGAUCCAAGUGAAUUAGAACUGACAUUUUGUGUUGAUGAGGAAAGUUUUGGCCACUUUUCACAGCGUGAACUGAAACCUGAUGGAGCAAACAUUCCUGUUACAAAUGAAAAUAAAGAUGAAUAUAUUAGCCUUGUCAUACAGUGGAGGUUUGUUUCAAGAGUCCAAGAGCAAAUGAAUGCAUUUUUGAAUGGAUUUGAAGGUUUGGUACCUUUGCCAUUAGUGAAAAUAUUUGAUGAACAUGAACUGGAAUUGCUGAUGUGUGGAAUACAAAACAUUGAUGUGAAAGACUGGAAACAAAAUACUCUUUACAAGGGUGACUACCACCCAAAUCAUAUAACAGUGCAGUGGUUCUGGAGGGUGGUGCUGUCUUUUAAUAAUGAAAUGAGAGCAAGACUUUUACAGUUUGUAACUGGUACAUCCCGUGUUCCAAUGAAUGGAUUUAAAGAGUUGUAUGGAAGUAAUGGUCCACAGUUAUUCACUAUAGAAAAAUGGGGCACACCUGAAAAUUACCCACGUGCACAUACAUGUUUUAAUCGUUUGGACCUGCCGCCUUAUGAAAGCUAUCAGCAGCUGAGAGAAAAAUUAAUCAAAGCAAUUGAAGGGUCACAAGGCUUCGCUGGAGUUGAUUAAAAAUGUCAUAUGUAGUUGGGUGAUCAAGCAGUGUAUGAUACUGUACAUAAUAUAUUUUAAAUCAUUCACAUUUUCCUGAAAAUCCAGUACAUCAAGACAAGUAGAUUUGUACAGCAACAAAAUUUGUUAUCUCACCUAAUUGUGGUGUGAAAUUUCUUUUGUGCUUUUUAAAUGUAAAUAUUUGUGACAUUUUCUUUAGUUUUUAAUGUGUACAUACUGCAUAUGAGAUGUGCCAGAGUUGUUAUAUGAACCUGUAAUUUACAAAUUCAGCUUUAUUACUCAUAAUUUGACUGAAAAUAAGGUAUUUUAAUACAUUUCCAGAGACGACAUUUUGUAGUAAAUGGCUAAUGACCUGUUUAGUAGUUAAUCUGAGGGUUUAUAUCAUCUUGAAAAAUGGAUAUAUCAAGAAAUAGGUAUAUACAGAAUUUUUGAUUGCAUAAUACCAGGCAUCAAUAUUUUAUGAAUCUUUUAAUGCAAGUUGACCUCCCUCAUGUUUCAUCUUGUAAACUUUAAUUUUUUAAGAAAAGGUAAAAAAAUCAGGGUAUUUGUAAAAAAAAGUGUAAAAAUAGUGAAUAUAAUUUUUAGUAAGUUUUCCUGGUUUUCUUUUAUUCACUUUUGCUCAGUUUUUGAAGCAGAAAAACCAAAAACAAGGCUGUGACAUGUUUUAUUAUAUGUGAAUAUGAGACAUCUGUACAAUAUAUUAUCAAACGUAGAAAGCAUCAUGAAAUUUAUAUAUAAACUUUCCUCCUGUCACUAUUCCCACCACCAUCACAUCAAAGUAUUUGAAUUCUAAUAACAUUAAAAAAUGUAGAACUAGUUAAGUAGUAUGACACAUUUGUUAUUGAGGUCUUUCACUGUGUCAUAUGUCCUUUUCAGCUGGUACCUGCGUAACAAAUGCAGAAUGUUUAGAUUAUGAGCUUAAAGCAUUUAUUAAUCUACUGAAUUAAAGAACAGAUAAUACUCUAAAAAUUAAAAUAAACAGUAAAUGACUCAUGAAUUCUCAUAAUUUUUUCUGAUGGCUGUAUUUUAAGAGAGAAGAAAUAACUUCACAUUAAGUACUGUAAAAGUGAGUAGCAAUUUACCCUCAGAUUAACUUACGUUCUGCAUAGUAGUGUCUUAAAUACCAUAGUGGAUGUGCUAUUAUGGUUACAAACUGUGAUGACUAAUGGUGAUAUUUUAUUGGAUCCCUUUUACUUCAUUAUUGACUUCUUGAAUGUCUGUUCCUAUCUGAAAUUUGAAUGACAGACACACACAUGGUGUUUUGUGUAUAUGUCUUUCAUAGCAAUACAAUAGAAUUCUGAUGCCACAGUUCUAACUUAUCAUAUGGUUUGUUGUUUCACUGUAUUGUUUGUAUUUAUUCCCAUAUUGCUCAAAUGUAUUAUCAGACACAAAGGGACAAGUUACUAUUUUAAACAUCUUUGCCAGAAGGUAUAACAACAUAUGUUUAGGUUAAAUAUCGGUGAUCUGUGUUAAUGGGGUUCCAGUUUUCUUGUGUUCUCUCCAUUUCUUCCACUUCAAACGAAUAUAAGUACUUAAAAUUUUAAACACAUCUUACCUAAAUGCAUAAACAAGCAGGACUGGUUGCUCCUGUAUAAGGCAGCUUAAGUUUUACUUUUUAAUUUAUAUUAAAGCAGGGAAAACAUCAAAAGUUUGUCAGCCCAUAAUUAACUACCAAAGCAUCUGAUUGAUACUAUCAUCACUACUAACAAAAGUUCAGUUCUUUAAUUAAUUCUCAAUUCAUUGAAGAGAAUAAAUGCAAAAUAUAAUAUGGGUUACAUGUAUUACAUGCAACUGAACACAGCUGUUAACAUUUUGUGCACUCUUUGCAACCAAUUCUAAUCUCCAAAAUAUCUUAUCUGUCACAUCACGCUUUGUGAAAGCACUAAAAGUGAAUUCCUGUGAGAAAAACAGUUAAUCACAACACAUUUUGUCAUAAAAACACAAUUUUGUGUGUCCUUGCAUGUCAUUAAAGUGAAUAUAUCCCAGGAAAUAGUUUGAUUGGAUAGUGAAUUUGUGUUCCAUCCAUUGCAUCAAUGAUUUGGGAAAACUGAAGCAUCCUCAAGAAAAAGAUGUCAGUGGUUGAGGAGGAAAAAGUAACUCUUGGAAGAGUUGACGUUGUGCACUUUUGUUUGUAAGAAAAAAGAAUUGGUAGCAUUAAGACAGACUGAAGUAAAUUCUGUAUGUUCCUGAAGUGAAGUGUGUUUCUCAUAACAACAUUAAAAACACAUUAUUUUUUGGCAUACAUUAGUUUACAGAAAUCUUUGAGUUUCCUCUGUCAAUGUUUUCUGCUAUUUUUGGUCAUGUUUUUCUUGAAAAUAGUAAUUAGUUUAUCAUGAAAAGUGUUAUUUCAGCUGAUUCUGUUAAGCUGAAAACUCCACAAGAAUUAUUAUACCAUUCCAGUUGUGCACCCCCCUUGUUUAUGACAUUGUUUUCUAGACUGUAUUUCUUUGCAAACCUGUACAUCUCGAUUACAAAGAUAUUGUUUUAAUUCUGUGUCAACAAUCUACACUACAAAUAUUGUGAUCAAAAUAUACACUCAGUGUAAUGUUUGAAUUCUUUUAUGAAUCAUUACUUUGUAAUGUCAAUAAAUCUGAUGAAAAUA